UCGUUCUAAACUCCAUGUGCAUUACAGGUCACAGCCCUCUAGAUCGAACAAGCAUCUGUCUCUUCAUUAGCUGUCUGUGUGGGUAAAAUAACAAAAGGAAUCGAGUCUUAAUUACGAACCAAACCAGCCGGGAAACGGUCAACGUCCCACCCCCGGUCCUCAUAAGCAGACAAUACUCCAAACGCAACAGCAUCGAAACAAUCAGGCAAACCAUUCCCUCCACCAUGAAGUUCUCCGUGACCAAAUUGGCUCCGGCAUUGGUCGGUCCCAGCGAGCAGACGCCGGACGGCAAUCUCCCCCUCUCUUCCAUCGAUCUGACACUGGCCCUGCGAGAUGUCAUGGUCGACUCCAUCCAUGUUUUCCAGCACGGCGUCGAGCCGGCCAGGGUCAUAAGGGAAGCGCUGUCCAAGGCCCUUGUCCCUUACUACCCGGUCGCCGGCCGGCUCCUCAAGUGCGACGGCGGCGACAUGGUGGUUGCUUGCACCGGGGAAGGUGCAAGGUUCGUCGAGGCCAUGGCGAAUUUUAGCCUCAAAGAUGUUAACGAUCUCCAACGGCCUCUCAUGAUCCCAAAGGAAGAGUUCCUUCCGGUCCUCCCCCCUGAUGAAGGCCAAGAGGGUGUCAUUUUCAUGAUACAGGUCACACAAUUCACAUGCGGUGGAUUCUCCGUCGGCAUCAUAUCUAGCCAUGCAGUGUUUGAUGGCCUUGGGGCAGCCCAAUUUGUGAACGCAGUCGCAGAGAUGGCCCGAAACCUCCCACGGCCCACGGUGGAGCCCAUUUGGUGCCGAGAGGCCAUCCCCAAGUUCAACCCAGCCAAGCCCCCUCAGGGUCCGCCACCAACCCUGACCGCCUUCGACUUCGAGUACUCCAUUGCCGACAUCUCCUUGGACAGCAUCAACCAAUUCAAAGAUCAAUAUAUGAAUGAGACUGGGCAAAGAUGCUCCACCUUCGACAUCGUGACUGCAAUGGCCUGGCGAUCACGAACCCGAGCUAUCAAACUCGAGCCCGAUGUCGAAGUCCGCUUUGGCUUUGCAGCAGAUACCCGUCACUUGUUGGAUCAAGUGAUACCCCAUAGAAAAGGUUAUUAUGGGAAUGCUGUGUACCCUGUGACCGUCUCGGCAACUAGUGAGAAGAUUGUGUCUUCGUCGGUCGUCGAGAUUGUGAGUCUCAUUAGAGAAGCCAAACAAAUGUUACCGAUCAAGUUCUCCAAAUGGAUGGCAGGUGAGAAUGAGGAGGACCCGUACAAAGUGCCCUUCGACUAUGGAACCUUUAUCAUAGCAGAUUGGAACAAGGUGGGAUUUUAUGAGGUAGAUUAUGGAUGGGGAGAGCCGAUGCAUGUGGUUCCUUUCAACGACGGUAAUUUUAUUGGGUCAUUCAUCAUCCUCAAACCGCCUGCACCCAAGCAGGGUGUGAGGCUAAUGAUGAGGUGUGUUGUGAAAGAACACCUGGAUGUCUUCAAUGAUGAAAUUACAAACUUGGCUUAAUGAGCGCCCAUCAGUCGAUCCCCUUGCUGUUUUGAACUAUUAUAUCCUACCUCUUAGUCAUUUGAGAAUUAUGUUCUAAGUUUCAUAUAGCUAGCCAAAUUGCUCUUUAAAGACGGUGUUUUGUUAUUCUUUUAUUGAGAAACAAUGUUCAGUUGUAGUUAGCGUAGCGUUGGUGGUGAUGUUCCAUUUUGUUGUCUCAUCUGUCGUUAAUGUUUUUCUCAAAUUAUA